CAGCGGAAGUUGUUUAUGUAGAUAUGUUGUGCCUUGGGUUUGCUAAUGAAUUAUGAUGAAGCUAGAGAAAACUGGUUUUAUUUGCAAUAUUAAUGCAAUUAUUCUAGGGGAAAUAUUAAACUAGAGAACUAGUUUUACAUUUGCAGUGUUAAUCUGCACAAUUAUUCUGAUUGAACUAAACAAAGCCACAUUUUAAGAAUAAAUCAGAUUCGUUUAAAAGAUACAAUGUUUCUCCUGCUGAGAAAAAAGCAAUAAUGCAAGUCACAUGACUUGCGCAGACUCCAGUGUAGAAAUUUGUUUUCUGCAGUAUAGUUGAGCGAGGUUGGUGGAAUUGGUUUGUUGUUGAAUAAACGGCAAGAUUAGUUAGCACAAAACAACAUAUUUGUUUUCACGUUUUACAGUAGUGGCUAUUACUGAACAAGCAAUUCUGUAUCUGCUACGAUGGGCGUUUCCUGUCUAAUUCGAGAUCGUGUUCUUUUCUCUCGCUCUACCCCUGGCUUGGUUGGUGCGAUCCGCCGGGGAUAUUCGCUCUCCGUCUCCCCGAAUUUACUUCGCACUCAAGCCUACAUCGGUGGUCACUGGGUGUCCGCUCCGGCUUCUUUCCCAGUAUUAGAUCCUGCAACCGGCAAGGAGCUAGCCAAGGUAGAGGACUGCGGGCCCCAUGAGGCCAAAGAAGCUGUCAAUGCUGCCUAUACUGCAUUUCAGUCGUGGAAGCAAAGCUUAGCUAAGGAAAGAAGUGUGCUGCUCCGAAAAUGGUACGAACUGGUCAUGCAAAACAAAGAUGAUCUUGCCAAAUUAAUAACAGCAGAAUGUGGGAAACCUUUAAAAGAAGCUCAUGGGGAAGUUGCAUACUCUGCCUCCUUUCUCGAAUGGUUUUCUGAAGAAGCUCGACGGGUCUAUGGCGAUGUUGUCCCCCUUACUGCAAAGGACCGAAGGCUUCUGAUACUCAAACAGCCUGUGGGAGUAGCAUCAAUUAUAACUCCUUGGAACUUCCCCAGUGCAAUGAUCACUCGGAAAGCUGGAGCAGCCUUGGCAGCAGGAUGCACAGUGGUGGUGAAACCAGCUGAGGACACUCCUCUAUCUGCUCUUGCGCUGGCUGAGCUGGCUGAUCAGGCAGGGAUUCCAGCAGGAGUCUACAACGUUAUCCCCUGCUCGAGGACCAGCACCCCUGCUGUCGGGGAGGUCUUGUGUACUAACCCACUGGUCAGCAAAAUCUCCUUCACAGGCUCAACUGCUACUGGAAAGGUUCUGCUGAGACACGCCGCUGGUACAGUGAAGAGGGUCUCGAUGGAGCUGGGGGGAAACGCUCCAUUCAUUGUGUUUGAUAGUGCUGAUGUGGACCAGGCUGUCAUUGGGGCCAUGGGUUCCAAGUUCAGAAACUCUGGUCAGACCUGUGUCUGUUCAAACCGUUUCCUGGUGCAGAAAGGGAUCCACGAUGUAUUUGUCGAAAAGCUAGCGAAAGCAAUGGAGAAGGAGCUGCAUGUGGGACAUGGGUUUGAGUCAAAGACCACCCAGGGCCCCCUGAUUAAUGAAAGAGCUGCGGAAAAGGUGGAGAAGCAGAUAGCAGAUGCUGUGUCUCAUGGUGCCAAAGUGGUAAAAGGAGGGAAGCGUCUCAAAGGAUCUUUUAUGGAGCCAACUCUCCUCUCCAACGUUACUACAGACAUGCUGUGCACUCAAGAGGAGACGUUUGGACCCCUGGUGCCAGUUCUCAAAUUUGACACGGAGAAAGAAGCACUUACAAUAGCUAAUUCUGCCUCUGUAGGUUUGGCAGGUUAUUUUUAUUCCAAGGACCCCAGUCAGAUCUGGAGAGUUGCAGAGCAGCUGGAAGUGGGGAUGGUCGGAGUGAAUGAAGGGUUGUUGUCGGCUGCUGAAGCUCCUUUUGGUGGUGUGAAGCAAUCUGGCAUCGGGAGAGAGGGGUCCAAGUACGGAAUUGAAGAAUACGUAGACCUCAAAUACAUGUGCUUUGGAGGGCUGUCAACCUGAACGCAGAGCAUGGGUACCCCUCCUCCCUGAUCAUCGCUGUCCCUUCAUGUGAAAAGAGGGAAUGAAGAUCCAGUAAGAAUAGUAGUGGAAAGUUACCCAUUAAGCACAAAUAUUGUUGUAAUUGUUUUAAUAACAAACAGAUCUACUCUAUCAACAAGUAAUCUUAGUUUCAGUUGCUAGUAAUAGCAGAAGGAUUAAACGUGUAGGGUUUUAUGUAAAAGCUGUCGGUAUUGACCAAACUGUGAAUCAGUAAUAAACACAUAAUUUGUUCUAUUUACAUUCUACUGACCACUUUUUGUUUAUUGUAUUUGAUAGUCCUUUAUAAUAGUGGACAAAGAAUGUGUUACAGAAAAUGAUGAGUAAGGGUACAGUCUUUUUGCAAAUUUUCACUACAUACCUUUUAAUGACUUGAAAGGUCAGAAUUAAAGUAAAUGUUAAAUGAAACUGUGCCAAAAUUAUUUUGAAUUACAUGUAUGUAUGAAGGAUAAAAAAAAGGUUAAGAAUUUUGUCUAUAGCAUAUGCUAUAUCUAAACUGUAAUGUUGCCAAAUUAAAUUAGUUGUUGUUUAGAAAAGAUGUUCUACAGAGGUUUUGUGGCAAUAAUGAUGUUGUUCUUGACUAUCAUAGUGUUUGUUGUUUUGAUGUUGUAAAGAAAUUUAAAUUAAAUUAA